AUGAUGCUUCGUUCUAAUUUUGGCUCAUUUACAGCGAGUCAAUGGACUUGGCUAUUUCGUCAAGUUUCUACAUUCGGUGGGUCAGGUUUAACAUCAGAAAAAUUUAUGAAAAAUUCACAAAAUGAACCGGUACUUACAUAUCAGAAGGGUAGUACAGAAAGGAUGGCUCUUGAAAAAGCAAUGUCAGAGAUAGCUAGUACAACUACAAAUGUCCCAUUGGUGAUUGGGAAUGAGAAAAUUAUGAAAAAUCUUGAUAAGAAACAAGUUAUGCCUUCAGAUCAUCAGAAAGUUAUUGCACGAUUUGCACAUGCUACUAUGGAACAAAUUAAGGAAGCAAUUGAAGUAGGACUAAAUGCCAAACAAAAAUGGGAACGAAAAUCAUUAAAAGAACGAGCAGAUGUUUUCUUGCAUGCAGCUGAUUUAUGUGCUGGAAAAUAUCGUAUGAAGCUCAAUGCUGCUACAAUGCUUGGACAGGGAAAAAAUAUUGUACAAGCAGAAAUUGAUUCAGCCUGUGAGCUGGUUGAUUUCUUCAGAUUUAAUGCCAAAUUUGCCUUGGAGCUGGAAAAAUAUCAACCGAUUUCGUUAAAAAAUGUCACUAAUACAAUGACUUUUAGGAGUCUCGAAGGAUUUAUUGCUGCUAUUGCGCCAUUUAAUUUCACAGCAAUUGGUGGCAAUUUAGCAACUGCACCAGCUAUGAUGGGUAAUGCUGUCUUAUGGAAACCAUCUUGUACUGCUGUGUUAAGUAAUUAUUUUAUUUACGAAGCUUUAGAGGAAGCUGGUCUUCCGGCUGGAGUUAUUUCAUUCCUACCAUCUGAUGGUCCUGUUUUUGGUAAUGCUAUCACUUCAUCUCCCCAUCUUUCUGCUAUCAAUUUCACCGGAUCAAUGCCAACAUUCAAGCAUUUAUGGAAGAGAGUUGCCGAAAAUCUGGAUACUUACAUUUCAUUUCCAAGACUGAUUGGAGAGUGUGGCGGUAAGAAUUUCCAUUUCAUUCAUCCAUCAGCUGAUUUGGACACUGUGGCACCAUGUACAAUUCGUUCUGCAUAUGAAUAUCAAGGACAAAAGUGUAGUGCUUGUUCACGAAUUUAUGUACCUGAAAGUUUAUGGCCUGCUUUGCAAUCAAAACUUGAUGCUAUACAAAAACAGCUCAAAGUUGGCGAUGUACGUGAUGGUUCGAUCUUUAUGACAGCAGUUAUUGAUGCAAAAGCUUUCAAAUCAAUCAGAUCAUAUAUUGAUUAUGCUAAAACAGGUGCGGAUGGAGCUAAGAUCAUUUUUGGUGGAACUUAUGACGACACUAAGGGAUAUUUCAUUCAACCAACUCUUGUGCAAGUUGAUAAGUGGGACUCCAAAUUACUGAGAGAGGAAAUUUUUGGACCUGUAUUAACAGCAUAUGUGUAUAAAGACAAUGAAGCAUUGGAGAUUGUAAGCAAAUUAAAAGAUUCAACAGUAUUUGGUCUUACUGGAGCUGUAUUUUCGGAGGAUAGAGAAUUUCUAUACAAAUCUCGUGACAUACUUCGACAUGCUGUCGGAAAUAUGUAUCUAAAUGAUAAAUCAACUGGUUCUGUAGUUGGGCAGCAACCUUUCGGUGGAGCACGGAUGAGCGGAACAAACGAUAAAGCUGGUGGACCGCAUUAUGUCUUACGGUGGGUAUCUCCGCUAUGUAUCAAAGAAACAUCGGUUCCUCAAACGGAAUGGAGAUAUCCAUCAAUGGAUUGA